AUGACUACCAUCUCAGUCGUAUUCCUCCUCGCCUUUCCUGUGUGCAAGGCUGUGGAUCUGGAAGCCGCGGGCUUGGCUUUCAUUGGAUUCCAAAAAAAGCAUGGUAAAAGUUAUGACAAUAAGGAGGAAGAGAUGAAGAGAGCUGCUAUCUUCCAUGACAACUUGAAUUAUAUCGAGGAAGUCAACGCCCAGAACCUUUCAUACAAGUUGGGAGUCAACGAAUACACGGACCUGACUCUCGAGGAGUUCGCCGCCCUCAAGCUCAGUUCUACCGAUAUGAGCGAAGGCAUGGGAGAUGGAUUUGUUGCUGGAGCUGGACCAACAACUACGACUCUUCCAACGUCGGUUGAUUGGAGAAAGAAGGGUGUGCUCAAUCCGGUUAAGGACCAAGGAUACUGUGGCAGCUGCUGGGCGUUUUCCGCGAUUGGUGCUCUCGAGCCGCGCUAUGCCAUCGCUACCGGUAAACUUCUGUCUUUAUCCGAACAGCAGCUAGUCGACUGCGCCGGUGCCUAUGGAAACGAGGGUUGCAAUGGAGGCUUGAUGGACAAGGCCUUUGAGUAUAUCAAAGCGACUGGUGUCGACAAGGAGUCGACUUACCCCUACGUCGGUCGGACGAACAUGCAAGCUACGGUGAGAACAAACUGA